GCGCCGUGUGGGGCCUGGGUGGGGUGACAGGAGCGACGGGUCCCGCCUCCUCUCGCGGCUCUUGGUGCCGGGCGGGCCUGGGCUCACCUGGCUGGGCCUGUGUCUCGUUGCCGGGUGUCCGGCUCCUGGCAGCGCGGGGCCAUGGCGCAGCGGAGAGCGGCGGAGCGGGGCCCCGGCGAGCUGGCGAGCGCCCGGCCCCAGCGGCAGCGCAUUGAAGGAAGGGCCCAUACAGAAGGUGGAUCAGCACGAAUGUCACUCCUCAUAUUAGUGUCCAUCUUUCUGUCUGCUGCUUCGAUUAUGUUUCUAGUAUAUAAAAAUUUUCCACAGCUUAGUGAAGAAGAGAGAGAAUGUAUAAAGAUUCCCAGAGAGAUGGAUGAUGCUAAGGCCUUAGGAAAAGUCCUCUCCAAAUACAAAGACACCUUCUACGUCCAAGUAUUAGUGGCUUAUUUUGCUACAUAUGUUUUCUUGCAAACAUUUGCUAUACCUGGCUCUAUAUUUCUCAGUAUCCUCUCAGGGUUUCUUUAUCCGUUCCCAUUAGCCUUAUUUCUUGUCUGUCUGUGUUCUGGACUUGGAGCCUCUUUCUGUUAUAUGCUUUCAUAUUUAGUUGGACGGCCAGUUGUGUACAGAUAUUUAACAGAGAAAGCAGUGAAAUGGUCAGAACAGGUUGAACGACACAGAGAACACCUCAUUAACUACAUAAUAUUUUUGAGAAUAACGCCUUUUCUUCCUAAUUGGUUUAUCAAUAUUACAUCUCCUGUAAUAAAUGUACCACUGAAAGUAUUUUUCAUUGGUACUUUUCUAGGUGUUGCACCACCAUCUUUUGUAGCAAUUAAGGCGGGAACAACACUGUACCAGCUUACAACAGCAGGGGAAGCAGUUUCCUGGAACUCUGUAUUUGUUCUCAUGAUUCUAGCUAUUCUCUCUAUUCUGCCAGCUGUCUUCCAGAAGAAGCUUAAACAAAAGUUUGAAUAAAGAGCACAUUGGAUCUAAAUUUCCCAUAAUUCAUCUCAGGAUCAGUACUUCUGACGGUCAUAUGUUUGUUUUUUAUCAGAUCCUCAGCAAUGUAAAAAAAGGGGAGACUUGUAAGGGAUAAGAACUUCCUUAUUUCUUUAAAGGAGCACAUUUUACUGUCUGAAAUUCAAGGAACUGUGUUCAGAAAUACUCUGCAUAUAGCUUUGUAGCCCAAAUCAUCAGUGUUUUAUUCUUUGAAAGCAAGAGGAGGGAACUCAAAACACAGAAGAUGAGUUAACUUUUUGCUCUGCUUCAUAUAUGUGGCAGAAAGGCAAAAUUGGAUAGCUUAAAAUGCAACCUUCAAAUAUGGGUUUCUAAAAGGUCAAAUAACUUUUGAUUGGUCAAUGUAGUUUGUAGCAUUCUACAUGACUCUGAAGACUUGCAUGUAACUUAAUGGUUUGCUCUGAAUAAUUUUCUCUUCAUUCUGAUUUUCCCCUUUCAUCUACUUUUGUCCUUACUGGUCCCAGAAUAAUGUAAAGUACAAUGGCACUCACUUGCAAAACAUAAGGCUUCUCUCUUGGAGUAGUAAGUUAAAUUCCAGUGAUGUAAAACUGCAGGAGGCUAAACUGCUUUCUUCUUUCUCUUCAUUAAUGUUGUCUCAGUUUAAAUACUUGAACUGCUUUAACUGGAUUAACAAAUUCAGUCAAAUCAUUCCCAUAUUGUAGAUUUUAUUUUUGGAGAGCAGGUCAGAAUUUUAUCUUGGCUUGUUGAUUAACUCUGAAGUUUUUAAUGCUUGUUUAGACUGAUUUUUAUUUGUCUAGUUUUGCCAGUAUUUCAGAUGCAUAGACUUAUCCUGCCAAUUUAAGAUAAUUACCAGAUUUUGUUAUACAAUAUUUUUCAGUCCUUAAAUGAUUAAAGCAAAUAGAGUAAUUAUAAGCGACUUACAAUUCUUAGGAUAUAUUACUUGAGAAUUUGGGAUGGAGGGGAGGGAAUCUUGGUCUUGGCAAUAGUAACCUGUUACCAUUACAACUCAUCUGGCUAAAAAGUUUUAUCAGGUAUGCAAAUUAUUACAAAAUUCUUCUGUUUAUCUGAAAUAUUGCCAUGUAAAGCUCAGUUCAUCAUGUAAUAAAAAUCUUACACUUUAUACAUAACCUAGAAGGCUGCAUUCUGUGUUCUGACUGGUGGGUAAUUGGUAGUGUUUUAUCAUCCACUAAGGUAUACAAUACCUUCUCUUCAAUAGUUAUCACUACUGUUGUCAGUUUGUUGCAUUCUCAGUGGGCCCUUUAAAAUAUAAGCUCCCAAUUCAACAUGAUACUUAAGCAUGUGCCUAAGUAUGUGAGUAAGUCCCACAGAAGUCAGCAUCUGCAUGCUUUAAAGUUAGGCACUGCCUAAGUAUCUGUCUGAAUCAGGUCCUGACUCAUUAGUACCUGCUUUGCAGUGCUCAGAUUUCUGAGGAAUUACUCAGCUGAAAUUUUGUACAGUGUUUUCUCAUCCUGAAAACUUGUCAUGUCAUGGAACAUUUUAGAUAUAAGAGAACAGUACUAUAAAUGGGAUAAUAUGAAAGGUACUGGUACCUUCAACAGCUUUGUUCUUUUGUAACACAAUGUGGAUUGAGUCAUUCAUUUUAUCACAGUAUUAUGUGUAAAUACAUAGGAAAUAUAUUAAUUGCCUACACUAUUUUUGUCAUCUGUUUUUCUGUUAUGUAAACUAACUUUUCAAUGCCUAUUGAAUUUUUCAUUCAGAUGUGGACUGCACAAUAAACUGGUGGUUUUGUGUUGCUAACUAAAACAUCAAUGUUUUAUCACUUGUUUACAAGUUUCUUUGUAAAAUACAGCUUUGGGUAUUUAUGGGUUUAGAAUUUUUAGUCUAAAAAUGUACUUUAGUUUUAAAGGUUGAUAAUGUUCUAUGACCUUGGAUCCACCAGUCUGAACAGUGAGACUUCUUCCUACUGUAGUGUUAACCUCAGUCAGAAAAAAAGUCACUCUUUAGAGAUGGUUCAGCACCACUGCUAGUCCAGUGGCAUCUCUAAACAUUUCUUUGUGUCCUGCCUGACAUAGGUCAGUAUAGAUGUUACUUUUAGGUUUCAUGUACACUAUCAAACUGCAGUUUGAGGGACUCUUGUCAUAGAAGCGUCUGAAAUAUGUUUCAAGUCCUUAUGAAUCAUGCUAGAGCCUUGGAUUUUACAGGGUAGUCACAAUUCACUGUGUAGAUAGGACUAAGCUAUGUUAUGAAGUUAAAACUGCUCCAACCAUGUUCUAAUUGGCUUCCCAGCACAGUAGCUUUUUAUAUCAAAGAAAGGACCUUACCUUACAGUUCUCUUCUUUUGCAAAAACAUAAUUGGCUUCUAGUCAACUGUUCCAUAUAUAUCUUCAGUGGAUGCCAAGAGAAAUUCCUUGAACAGUCCCUCAUCCCUGGGAACUACUUCAGGGUAUCUGAAUACUACAGGCAUUAGAAUGAAAAGAAUGUGGGGUAAGGCCUAGUUAUGGAACACUUGCAAUGCCUUUUCACUGGAAGGAAAUUCAGCAAGUGAUUAAGAGGUAGGCACAGCUUUCUAACAGGAAAACAGUGUCUGUCAUGAAGCAAGUGGGGAGGUAGAAGAAGAUAAAAAAUGUAGCUCCUUUGAAAUAUCAAGGCAUUUUGAACUGUUAGGUAACCUGUUCUCUUUGGAGUUGUAAACAAUAUUUUCCAGACACCAUUACUAAAUGUCUUUUUUGCAUUUGAUAAUAAAACAAAACUAUACAAACUU